UACUCCUCUACUUUUUAUUAGCGUACCCAUUUUGUUUGUGUGCUCUUUAUUACUUCAUUUAUUCUUCCGUCUGCAAACUUCUUCUUCCUUGAUCCGCAAACAAACACAAAAAUGGCUACCAAUACCAUCACCAACAACAACGUAUCUUUCCUCCUUCACCACAAACUAAACUCCACCGCCCAUCUCCGCCGCAAUAACCACCAUCACCACCACCACAAUCUCAACACCAUCACCUCUCUCUCUUUUCCAAAACCCACCAAAAUCUCUCUCAAAAAACCCCUUAAACCCUACUCCUUAAAACCCCUCAAUUCCUCCUUAAACCCUUCUUUCCCACAAUCCCCCCAAAACCCCCAAUUUUCCCCCAAUUCAACCAAAACCCUAGCUACCCUUUUCUCUCUCUUCCUCUCUCUCUCCUCCAAAAUCGCCCAAUUCAUCACAACUCACUUCCAAAACCUCAAAUUCGCUUGUUCAUCCUUGCACCUCCAAACCCUUCAAUUUCUCCAUGAUAAUGUCAUUUGUACUUUGGGUCCCCUGUUUUUAUCCACCUUUAAUAGUGAUCAUUCUACUGGAUUGGUCAACACUCCCCUGUUGACUUCCAUAGCUUCUGGGUUGGCUAAAUGGCUUGAUAUUUAUAGUGGGAUUUUGAUGAUUAGGGUUUUACUUACUUGGUUCCCUAAUACUCCUUGGGAUAGACAACCUUUAUCUGCAAUUAGGGAUCUUACUGAUCCUUUCUUGAGCCUGAUUAGGACUAUUGUUCCUCCUGUUUUUAAGUCUGUUGAUAUUAGCCCUCUUUUGGCUUUUGCUGUUCUUGGUACUCUCGGUUCGAUACUUAAUGUUCCUCGCCCAUGAUGCUUGAUCAUCAACAUUUUUCGAACUUUCGGGUUUAGUGAAACGACAGGCGAGGAGUUGGUAAUGAUGGUUCUUUCUGCUCCAGGAUCAGGGAGGAGCCAUGGCAAUCAACAAAGCUUUAGUGAUGAGUAACCUUCAUAAACAACUACUUGAUGUGCAUAGCUUUUUACUUGUUGGUUAAAUUGCAUAUGUUAUAAUUCAGUUUGCACAGGAUGGAUUAGUUAUUAUUUAUUUUUAUUUUUUUUUGGGUUGAGAAUGGACGUGAUUACCAAAAAUUUUGUAAGGUGAUUAUGCUAAAAGUUUGAGGAUCUACCAGCAUGUUUCUUCUAAUUAUAAUAUAGGGUUUUGGGUUACAUAAUUUUUGUUUC